GUGCGUGUGCUCUCUGUCUGUUGAGUGUCCUGUUGUCCUCCGCUGCUGCGCUGUUGCUGUGUGAGAGGUGUGUGCCAACUUAUUUCGCGCGCCUCAUAAAUUUUUACACCUCUGCUCUUUUUUUUCUUCCCUCAUCCAUCUCAACUGUGUACCAUCUACCUACUACACAUCCCCCCCCUCCUCGUCGCAAUCAUGUCUUUCGUCCAGCGCCGCAUGUUCUCCGCCUCGGCGAGAAGCCUCUCCAAGGUCACCGUUCUCGGUGCCGCCGGUGGUAUUGGCCAGCCCCUCUCCCUGCUCAUGAAGCUCAACCCCAGAGUCACUGAGCUCGCUCUGUACGAUAUCCGCGGAGGCCCUGGUGUCGCCGCCGACAUCUCCCACGUCAACACAAAGUCCGUCGUCAAGGGCUACGACCCCACCGCCACCGGCCUCGCCAGCGCCCUCAAGGGCGCCGAGGUCGUCCUCAUCCCCGCCGGCGUCCCCCGCAAGCCCGGCAUGACCCGCGACGACCUCUUCAACACAAACGCCUCCAUCGUCCGCGACCUCGCCAAGGCCUGCGCCGAGUCCUGCCCCGACGCAAACAUCCUCGUCAUCUCCAACCCCGUCAACUCCACCGUCCCCAUCGUCUCCGAGGUCUUCAAGGCCCACGGCGUCUACAACCCCAAGCGCCUCUUCGGCGUCACCACCCUCGACGUCGUCCGCGCCUCCCGCUUCGUCUCCGAGAUCAAGUCCACCGACCCCAAGGACGAGAACAUCACCGUCGUCGGCGGCCACUCGGGCGUCACCAUCGUCCCCCUCUUCUCCCAGUCCAACCACCCCGACCUCUCCUCCAACGCCGAGCUCGUCAACCGCGUCCAGUUCGGCGGUGACGAGGUCGUCAAGGCCAAGGACGGCGCCGGCUCCGCCACCCUCUCCAUGGCUUUCGCCGGUGCCCGCAUGGCCGAGUCCCUCCUCCGCGCCUCCCAGGGCGAGAAGGGCAUCGUCGAGCCCACCUUCGUCGACUCCCCUCUCUACAAGGACCAGGGCAUCGACUUCUUCUCCUCAAAGGUCGAGCUCGGCCCCAACGGUGUCGAGAAGAUCCUUCCCCUCGGCAAGGUUGACGCCGCCGAGGAGAAGCUCCUCGAGGCCUGCUUCGCCGACCUCAAGAAGAACAUUGCCAAGGGUGUUUCCUUUGUCGCCUCCAACCCCCCCAAAUAAGUGCAACACUUCUCCGUGUGUCACUUUUGAUGUAAAACUAGGGGACGUGUUGUAGUAGAUGGAAACCUACACAAACAGGUUGAGCAGAGUUGAAAAACAAAACAAAAUCACAUCCUCCACUACUCUUUUUUUCCCCCAGUCUAAUCCGACUGGCAAAGAAAGAAAAGGAUGACGGGUAGACACAGAAGCGCACACUAAAAGUCGUGCUUUACCUACUCGUGGCAUCGACUUUGCGUCUGCCUCUGUACCAUAAAUUUCAAACACGCUUGACUUCAAACUUCGUUCCUUAAAAUUCCGUGAUACCACAUCCCUAAAAUUGCUUCCUGUUGAAAGACGUGCAUCGUAGAUAGUUUUUAGGAUUUACCUGCGAAUAACACCUGACAAAUUCUUACGAACUACAUCCUGUUGAUGGUUCUUGUGUAGCAAACAAAAGUCUUGGUUACCUGCGCAAAGAACGGUUGUACGGAGUAUAGGAUUUCAAGACGCAGCUUCUUCAAGUCUCAGACUACGAUAAACUAUUGUAUGCACAUAUCAUGAUGCUCAUUUUCUAUCAUACAUCUCUCC